AUGUGGCUCAACAGCUCUGUCCCCUUUCUGCUCACUGGCUUCCCGGGUCUGGAGAAGGCCCACCGCUGGCUCUCCAUCCCGGUAUUGGUGGUUUACGUCUCCAUACUUCUUGGUAAUGGCGCCCUUCUCUUUCUCAUCAGGGCCGAUCAUAACCUCCAUGAGCCCGUGUACUCUUUCUUGGCUAUGCUGGCAGCCACUGACCUUGGAGUGACCCUGACCACGAUGCCCACGGUUCUGGGUGUGCUGUGGUUGAAUCACAGAGAGAUUGGCCACAGGGCCAGCUUCUCUCAGGCCUACUUUAUUCACACGCUUUCUGUCGUGGAGUCUGGUUUGCUCGCCAUGGCCUAUGACCGUUUCAUUGCCAUCUGCAACCCCCAGAGAUAUGCUUCCAUCCUCACCAACACCAGGGUCCUAAGGAUUGGGGUGGGGGUCUUGACAAGGGCUGGUCUGUCAGUUAUGCCGGUAAUCCUUCGCCUUCCCUGGUUUCCCUCCUGUCGAUCCCAUGUCCUCUCCCAUGCUUUCUGUCUGCACCAAGAUGUCAUCAAGGUAGCCUGUGCCAACGUCUACCCAGUGGUGGCUGUAUUUGCAGUGGUCUCAGUGCACGUUCUCAUCGUCUUCUUCUCCUACAUUGUCAUCCUCAAGACUGUCACGGGCAUCGCUUCUGGAGAAGGAAGGGCCAAGGCCCUCGACACGUGCGUCUCCCACACCUGCUGCAUCCUGGUUUUCUACAUCACUGUGGUGGGGCUGACCUUUAUCCACAGGUUUGGAAGGCACGCGCCUCAUGUGGUGCACAUCACCAUGAGCUAUGUCUGCUUCCUUUUCCCCCCUUUUAUGAACCCUGUCAUCUACAGCAUUAAAACCAAGCAGAUCCAGAGCGGCAUGAUUCGCUUCUUCUCUCUGCCUCAUUCUAGAGCACUGCCUUUGACACACUGCCCUCUGAAGCAUCAGGUGGGGAACCCAGACAGACUGACAGCUUUGUUGGUGGCAGCAACUAAGAAAGCUGGAUUAAUGGAAACCAACCUCUCUGCUGUUUAGAUCCUCGUACCCGGCCCAUUUGUUUUGUUGCAUUGUGUGUUAGUAGCAUAUACACAAUAUUAAGCAUAUGUCUCAAGGGCCCAGCUGAUGUUUGUGCUUUUCCCAGGUAACUCGCCCUGUCUGGUGAGCCUAUGGCACCUGAUAGAUGAUUCUUGGAUGUGCGAUAUGGGUCCCUAGUAUUUAAGUCAAAGCUCAUUAUUUUUCAAUAUGUUCUGUAUGUAUCAGCUUUGAUUGUACCUAGCAAUAACACACUCUGGACCUCAGGCAUGUAUCUAGGUUUUUUCUUCUUUUCUUUUCUUUUAGCUUCUACAGAGCUAAUGACUAUUUCCAGAAAAUUGCACUAACUGAAGCAAUGAGCUUUUUAUUCUGUCCUCAGUUCAAUGACAACUCUAGGAAAAGUAUGUAUAUCUAAGUCUUUUCAGUAAAAAUUGGAUGAACAUUUAUUAAUAUUAUCAUUGUUAAUAUAUGUAAAUGCAUAAAUAAUA